CCUGACUAAAGUUUAUAUUUGACUUACUAGCUACGAUUUCUACUUCCGCUUGUCAAAGCUGCUAAAGGAUGAGAAAGAUAUUAUUGUGACAAAGAAGUGAGAGCUGAUGUCACAGCAAUUUUCAAACAUGUUUCGACCAGACAAAGAUCUCAACUCAGGGAUGAUGCCAUCCCAGUCACCGUCGCAAAUGCCGGGAUUUAGUGGUGGCACCAAUUUCUAUGGGCAAGGUACAUUACCACUUCAACAAAGAGCUAUAGGAGGCAAUCACUUCCGAGGGGGGAACAACGCAGGCCACAUCACACCCACCAGCAUGAACCCAGGUUUUCCCAUGGGCUUGCAACAGCAGCAACAGCCACAGCAACAGCAGCAGCAUUCUCCCAACAGUUUAGCUGCCAUUGGUCCCCGGAGUGUGCUUGGGGUGCAAAGUCAGGCAGGGCAAGCCAGUUUAGCCAGUCUACAGAAACGAGCCUUCAGUUCUGCUGGGCCGAUGCAAAACUUUGCUUCAAGUUAUGGUUUUGGAGGGUCAAGAUCAAUUGAUUCUCAUCCAACCAUAGACUUGUCUGACUUUCCGACACUCAGUAGUCGGUCAUCAGCCACACCUAAUCCUCUGCCAACAACGAGGAAUUAUGUGGGCAUGGUCAGCAAACCAGCACAAGACUCAGCGCCAGAGUUCAACAUCACGCAAGAGGAGUUCCCUGCAUUGCCAGGUGCACAAAGGUAACGGUGCUGUUGGGGGUGAUCAGUUAAACAACAAAGAUGGAGUCAAAGGAGAUGGAAAGCCAAUGUUGCAGGCAAAGAGAGGAAUACAGACACAUCCUGAUGGCACGAUAUCCAACAUACCGUCUGGCAUGGUCAUGGAUCAGUUUGGCAUCGUGGGGCUUCUGUCUUUCAUCCGAGCAGCAGAACAAGAUGCGAACAUGGUGGCAUUAGCGCCUGGCAUAGACCUGACCACUCUGGGCCUCAACCUUAAUUCCCCCGAGAAUCUCUACAGCAUGUUCCAGUCGCCUUUUGCUGAGUCUGCGUGCCGUCCUCAAGAUAUAGAUUAUCACGUGCCAGCCGAGUAUUUGACCAACAUGUUCAUCCGAGAUAAGCUGGCUCCCAUCAAGCUGAACCGUUACAGUGAGGAUCUGCUCUUCUACUUGUUCUACAUGAACGGUGGUGAUGUCUUACAACUUGCUGCUGCUGCGGAAUUGUAUAGCAGGGAUUGGAGGUACCACAAGGAAGAGCGGGUCUGGCUGACACGAGCACCACAGUACGAAGUCUUUGGAAAGACAUCCACAUCAGAGAGGGGGACCUACAUAUUCUUUGACGCCAACAACUGGCGGAGGAAUGCGAAAGAGUUCCACCUGGAGUAUGACAAACUGGAAGAGCGGCCAGUGAUUCCCAGCUACAGCUUCAACCAGAUGGGGAGUGUGGGACACUAAGGUGGGGUUGGGGGGGGGGGGGCAAUUUCCAGUCUUCAGAGUCUACUGUCACGUGUGUGGAAUAGUCAAGCUGAUGUCUGCUGAUGUUCCAGAAAUAUCGCCAGAUAUUCGUGGUGAGCUGAGGAAGUAAAUGCUCUGAAAAUGAAAGUCACGUUUUUGUUUCACAGGUGUAUGAAAGAGUGGAUAGUCAUCAGAAAGUCAGGACAUGCGAGAUGGGGUAAGAGUGGAGAGGUCAAAACUGUUGUGGAUACGGAAGAAAUGACAUGGUUGGGUACAGAGAAUUACCCUCUCUGAGAUUCAGUGGAUUGAUCAAAGACCGUAAUUGUUCUGUUCUUUACUCUCGGCCAAUGCCACGCCCAAGGUGAUAUGGAGCUGUGUGGUAAUAUGCAGCCCAUUGUGUAGCUGAUUUGAUUACUGGAUCUACAGCAAGCUGGUGGGUUUCCUGUGAAAAGACUUGUGUGCUCUUUCAUUUCACUGUGGUUGUGUUUAAAACUUGAUAGGUUUGGAGCCAGUUUAUAUUGCUGUGAAAUGGGAUUGUAUUUUUUGCCCUCCGCUGUAUGCUUGAUAUUGUUCGUCUUCAUAGAGUGGCAAAAUAUUUUACAUGAAAGUGAAAGCAGCACUGUGGAUGCGUAGACAUGUCGAGGAUUUUGCUUCGGGUAGUGUGAGAUGUUAUUUUAAAUAGCAAAUGUCACAGUUUUAAGUAUGGGCACACCUUUCUGUCACCUCACAGCCCCAGGCCAAGAAAGUCGUACUGCUGUGUGAAUAUUAUUAUGAUAGAUUUUUAGGUUUUGUUACAGGGUAUACAUGUGACAGUAGGUACAAGUGAUCAUGAGUGAGCUGACUUUUGCUCUUCAUAAACCGAUAUCAUCAAGGUACAGUAGUCUCCACCUAAACGCACAGUGCUCGGGGGGGGGGCUUUAGCGUGUGUUUAUACGGAGCGUG